GUGAGUCAGAUUGUUGUGAAGGAGAGGCUCUCAUGAUUGACAUUCUCUGGCCAAAUAAUAACAUGCAGUUUGAUGAAUACAAAUCAUCUUGACUUGCCACACUUAAAACCUUGGACAAGUACAAGAACCAAGCUGCUGAAGCGGUAGGAUCACCCAGUGGAAAACUUUGAUCCCAUGUURUGUCAGACUGAGUCCAGCCCAUGGCAAAGGACACAACCAGUUUCAGCGUGAGUAGUCAUCACCUGGAGAAGCUGCUGCUCAUAAACUCUCAGCAGGGGGUCUCGUGGCUGCAGGGACCUGAAGGAAGCAGAGGGUGAGGAGCUCCAGGGGACAGAGGCGGGGGUGGAGGCUGCUGCUGCUGCUGAGUCCCGUCAGCGGCUCCGUGAACUCCAACAAGCCAAGUGGUGAGAGCAGCACAGGGAUCAGCUCGGUGCUGGGGGGGCAGUUACCGAACCGCGAGAGUCCGGGAUGUCCGAGGAGAGGAGCAGGAAGCAGCUGAGAAGGACCACAUGGUGCCGUCAGAAUGAGUUGGACUGCGCUCAUCCUCGCAUACUUUCUCACCUUCAUUCAUUGUAGCCUGAGCGCUGACUCAGAGGAGCGUUUAAUGAACUGGUUGCUGGGAAAAGACCGUUACAAUCCGCUCAUCCGGCCCGCUGUGAACAGAACCGAGAGAGUCACUGUAAAGAUUCAAGUAUCCCUCGCACAGCUCAUCAGUGUGAAUGAAAGGGAACAGAUAAUGACCACAAAUGUUUGGCUAACUCAGCACUGGAUUGAUUACAGAUUAUCAUGGGACCCUGCAAAGUAUGAGGGUAUCGACAAGCUGCGUAUUCCAUCCAGACACAUAUGGCUUCCAGAUAUUGUGCUGUACAACAACGCUGAUGGAACAUAUGAGGUCACUGUCUUCACCAACGCCAUUGUUCUUUUUAAUGGCAGCGUCAACUGGCUUCCUCCAGCCAUCUAUAAAAGCGCCUGUAAGAUUGAAGUCAAGCAUUUCCCCUUCGACCAGCAGAACUGCACCCUGAAGUUUCGCUCGUGGACGUACGAUCACACGGAGAUCGACCUGAUCUUAAAGUCUGAGGUGGCCAGUAUGGAUGAUUUUACCCCCAGUGGGGAAUGGGAUAUCCUGGCGCUGCCAGGCAGACGAACAGUCAACCCUCUAGAUUCCACGUACGUGGACCUUACAUACGACUUUAUCAUCAAGAGGAAGCCUCUUUUCUACACCAUAAACCUCAUCAUCCCGUGUGUUCUGAUCACCUCUCUUGCCAUCCUGGUCUUUUAUUUACCUUCAGACUGUGGAGAAAAAAUGACCCUUUGUAUUUCGGUCCUUCUGGCUCUCACCGUCUUCCUGCUUUUAAUCUCAAAGAUUGUCCCUCCCACGUCCCUGGAUGUACCCCUGAUUGGCAAGUACCUGAUGUUCACCAUGGUGCUGGUGACCUUCUCCAUUAUCACUAGUGUGUGUGUGCUCAAUGUGCACCAUCGCUCGCCAAGCACCCACACCAUGCCCUCCUGGGUUAAGUUGAUAUUUCUUGUAAAACUGCCUGCUUUGCUCUUCAUGCGGCGCCCCCACAACUUCUCGGCACGUCAGAGACUCCGGCAGCAGCGGUGUCUACGAGCCAGGAGAGCCAUUUUGGGGGUUGCUAAACCAGGCUUCACUUUGUCUUCAUCGGCCCUCCUGUCCUCUGACUCUGCCUUCUCCACCCCAGGACACAAAAAUGUUGCUUCACCGAUGGGUCACGUCCACACAAACAGGAAGGGGGACUUGCAGCCUACAGAUUACCUUUACAGGGGCUUCACCUCCACCCAGGACCUCCUGCAAAGAAACAACCCGAGUUUGGCCACUGAUGUCCAGGAGGCGGUGGACGGAGUCCGCUUUGUGGCUGAGCACAUGAUGGGAGACGAUGAUGAUCAGAGUGUGAUAGAGGACUGGAAGUACGUGGCCAUGGUGGUGGAUCGGAUGUUCCUGUGGAUCUUUGUCAUAGUGUGUGUGGUGGGCACGUUGGGCUUGUUCCUCCAGCCCSUCUUCCAGAGUCAGAUUAUUCCCAACCAACCUCCCAUUUCAGAGACUCCUCGCAUAUGAUGAGCACUGAGGGAGAAGAGGCACCUUCAGGGUCCUCAUUAGGGCUUUUAGGAUUACAUUUUGUAAUUGUAAUAAUGUAAUAAACUUUUUUUCUUUAAUUUAUGCUGUAUAGGGACCAGAAAGACUGACUUAUAGGCCUUCUCUUCUAAACGCUACACGGGACACUAAAGGGAGAGAACAGCAGCGUAAACGUGAUAAGAUGUUUGAAAAUGAAAACUAAUGUCUCUGUCUUUAAACCUCCAUGAGCUGAAUGGAGCACCGACACAAAUCGUCUGCCCCGGAAGAUGCAGCAUCUGUAAAAGACAAGAACUGAACUGCAGUGAAAAUGUACUGAACCAUAAAAACAUGACAUUUGACAAAGACGUGUCUGUAGUUAAAAAGUUGUUUGCCUCCUGAUUUUCCUCAUUUGUGUUUCUGUGUUACUGAAAACAUAAUAAAAGCAAAUCUCUGUCCCUUU